CAAAGGCCCAGCAAAUUGCCUAUUAAUCCGAUGCCCAUGGACAACUGCAACUCCAAGGUCUUAAGAAAAGAAUGUUAAAAUGCCUAUUGUUCUGCGUGAUCUUUAUACUUUUCCAAGGCAUAGAAGGGAAUGGUACUGCAGAGGAUUUAGCGGCGGUGCGGUUACUACAAAAAUAUCUUCAAAUAAACACUACCACUGGCAAUGACCAAUCUGCAGGAAUACAGUUUUGGCGGACAUUAGCACAACGACUAAAGGCAUCCUUUAACACUUACGAAUAUCUUAAAGGCUAUCCCGUAGUUGUUAUAAGAAAGAGAGGUGUAAAUUCCAAACUGAGUUCAAUAGCCCUCAUCUCACAUAUUGAUGUGGCUCCUGUUGCCGAUGAGGGUAAAUGGAAAUAUCCCCCGUUCGGGGGCAAUAUCACAAAGGAUGGUCUGAUGUACGGACGCGGGGUGCAAGACUGUAAGACGGUCAGUAUUCAGUACUAUGAGGCAUUACUCAACUUGACCAAAAGAAAUGUCAAACUACAAAGAGAUGUCGUCAUCAUACUAUUUACCAGUCAUGAAAUUGGCUUAUCAUCGACUGUCAUCAGAAGUUUUCUCACAAGUAAAGAAUUUACAAGUAUGAGUGUCGGCGGUGGAAUCGACGAAGGCUUUACAUAUUCUUCUAAUAAACUUCUGUUAUUGUAUCAAGAUAAAGCAAUACUAGUAUUACAAAUUGAUUGUUACGGAAUAGAGACGCACGGAUCAUUGAUGCCUGAUUCAAAUAAAACGGCUAUCGGAGUGUGCGCGAAGGUUAUAACAUCGCUUCAGGCAUACAGAGACGCUCAAGUAGAAUAUAUGAAGACCUUGGCCGUCACCGACACCAGCAACUAUACCAGUAUCAAUCUAAAUAGACUACAGGGAGCAAUAACUGACAGCGUUUUACCCGGACGCAUAACUCUUCGUUACUACAUAAACCCAUCGAUUAACAAGACCGUGAUAGAAGUAUUUAAUGAGGUGAAAGCAAGAGUUGAUAAAAUUAACGCACAAAUAAAUUUGACCAUCGUUCGUUCAGCUGAAAAAUCACCCGCUGUUAGACUCGAUGCGUCCAAUCCUUUUUACAAAGCGAUUUACGAUGCGGCAAAAAGUCUGAAUUUCGAUUUUUCUCCAACAAUCACGUUCGAUCAAACAAACGCUGGCGCUUUGAGGAAAUACGGCAUCCCGAUAUUAGGCUUCUCGCCUCUGCCUAAAACUCAGUUCCUCGAUCACGGAUAUGACGAAUUUGUCGACGUAAGGAUAUUCUUAAGCGGUAUACCAUUAUACAUUAAAUGUAUACAAAACCUGGCAAAUAUCCCUGAUAAAGAAGUGACGAACGAUCCAAGUAAAUACCUUAUCGACUACGAUAAGAAGAAAUACAAUUAAAAAAAAUUCAAGUUCAUCCAAUGUCAAUAAACGUGUAUUGAAAUGAUAACAUUUAUUUUACCAUGAAAUUUAUUAAAACAAAAAUGAUAUAAGUAAUUAAAAUUUGUAAGACUCAUUUGUGACUCUGAUGCACGUUUUC